CGUUGGUUGUUCAGUCUUGGGUCUUCAGCUCCGGUCGUUCUCAUGUUUCCAGUUCUAAGCACCGGAUUUUUAAUAGAUUUUUCUCUUUAAGGAGCACUCAAAGAGGUGCAUAAUUCCACGCAAAACUAAAGAGAACUCUGCCCCUGCCUGCUACUAUCGAAUGGGUUCGCUUGCUGUGAACAUUUGGCGGUCUACAGUAAACAAUGCCGCCUUUACAACCCCAUUGAGUUGGGGAAGCUCUAUCUUCAUCAGUGGGAAUUUGCUUGGCCUUUAUGAUGCGCAGAAGGUUUUACCUGCCAAAUUAUGCAGUGGAGUUUCAAUUAGCCCAAGAGCUUUUGCAAGUCGGAAUUCGGUGAAGAAACUGAGGAGGGACGGAGAAGCACGGAAAAGAGUAGCAGAUAAGAGCACUGCUUCUGAAGAUGAUUAUGUUCAAAUUGACAAGAAGGUGGACCCUUCUGAUAAUUUAGCUGCAGAGGAAUUGGUUGUAUUCCCUCCCAGAGGUGCUGUGCUUCAGGCUUGCACUGUUACUUCUGGGUUGAUAGCGGCAUUGGGUAUAAUAAUUCGACAGGCAUCUCAUGUUGCAUCAAUUGAAGGAUUGCCAGUCUUUGACUGCUCGUUGGACAUAUCAUUUGAUUUUGAGGUGUGGUAUCUUGAGUUGAUUACAGGAUUAGUUAUUGUUAUAUCAUUAUGCCGAUAUCUCUUGUUGAAGACAUGGCCAGAUUUUGCAGAAUCUAGCGAAGCUGCCAAUCAGCAGGUCCUUAGUUCACUUCAACCUUUAGAUUACAUAAUCGUCGCAUUUUUGCCUGGGAUUAGCGAGGAACUUCUUUUCCGGGGUGCACUGCUACCACUUUUUGGAUCUAAUUGGAGGAGUGCAUUGGCUGUCGCCAUCAUUUUUGGUGUUCUACACCUGGGGAGUGGCCGAAAGUAUUCCUUUGCCGUUUGGGCAACUUUUGUUGGGCUUGUGUAUGGUUAUGCAACCAUCGUCUCCUCCAGCCUUAUAGUGCCAAUGGCUGCUCAUGCGGUGAACAAUUUGGUGGGAGGGAUAUUAUGGCGCUACCGAUCAGAUUCACCGCGGCGGAUAUGAGAAGACUGCCACUGUCAUUUGCCAACAAGUGUACAUAAUUUUUUUUGUGACUUGGAAGCCUACAACUUCAAACUAGUGAAGUCAAUGUAGAAGUUGAUCAACCGUAUGUUUUUCUUUUUACAAACAAUAUUCUAAACUACACUACUUUACAUAUUAACUUACCUAUACUUAUAUGUAAAU